GUGCUUAUAUUUAAGUGCAAGUUAAUUCUGCAAAAAGACAAUUAAGAAUUCUGAUAGAGCUGUUGUGCUUUUUGAAUAAUGCACCACCACCCAUAAAAACAAAUAGCCUAUCCUAUCUCUAAUCCAUGAGUAGUCCAUUGAAAAUAAGUGUUUAUAUUCCACUUGCAUGUGUUAUUAUUUGAUUUCUCCUUACAUGAUAUGAAAAGCACAAAGGCUUGAUCAUAGAGCUAUAGGUUAAUUCUAAAUAACUGUAUUUCUAUGGGGUUUCUCCUGAGAAUGGGCAACCAAAUGUUCUAUUCAUGGAUCUAUGCUGACCCCUUGAGGUGAUAUGAGGUAAAACUUCAUUCUUGCCCCUCAGUGUGUACUGAACUGUGAAUGAAAACUAGUUGUCUGAUAGCUACCCCGCUCUUUUUAAAUUAAAACAAAAUGUGAAUGUUGGCUUUUUUAUAGUGACCUUGCUAAAAUAAUGUAAAGAGCAUGCACAGUAGCCUAUACCAAGUAAGUAUGAUAAUGGUGGCUUGUGAUUUUCUCAGCACAUCACAUAUUGUACUUUCUUGUAGCCUUCUCUCCCUCGGUUUGUGUGUGUGUGUGUUUAUACAUAACAUCUAUCCAACAUGGUCAGAGGGUGCUGCUGGGCACUGGUUAUUUGGUAAACAUACAGGCUUCUAAUGAAAUGAGUAGUUUUUUUCAGACCAGUGACAGUAAAGGAACAUGGAGAAAAUGGGAAGCAGCAUAAACAGAAAAUCAAUGGCCAGACUGCACAAGGCUAAAGUUAUGAUUGCUGGAGAACAACUGAGGUUGAGGCUGCAUGAUGGCAAACUGAUCAAGGAUCGACGGUACCAUCUGCGCACUUACCCCAACUGCUUUGUAGCCAAAGAGCUUACAGACUGGUUGAUCAGCAACAAGGAAGCUCCCGAUCAGGCCGCAGCGGUCUGCCUCAUGCAACACCUGAUGGACCAUGACAUUGUGCACCAUGUUUGUGACAAGCACCCUAUAUUCAAGGAUGCAAAAUUGCUGUACCGUUUCCGUAAGGAUGAUGGCACAUUUCCAUUUAACACCGAGGUGAAGGUCUUCAUGCGAGGACAACGAUUGUAUGAGCAUCUAAUAACAGGCAGAGACUCCAUUCUGCAACUAAGGGAGGAGCAGGGUGUUGCAUACCAGCGCUCCAUCCCUGGCUGCCAGUUGAUGGACUGGUUGUUACAGAAUGGAGAGACGGAGAGUAGGCGCCAGGGUUUGGAGUUCUGCCGUGCUUUGCUAGAGCAUGGCAUCAUUCAGCAUGUGUCAAAGAAGUACGACUUCUUUGACAGUAGAUUACUGUAUCAGUUCUGCAUCAAUUUUCGCCGCCGGCGCCACCUGUCUGAGCUCUUGAAUGAAACUGAUCGAGACAAAAAGGAAGGUGCAUCAGUGCAUGCACUGGAGGACAACCAUGCCGACAGCCCCUUUGUCCUGCCCAAGAUCCCCCCACAAGAGGAAAGCAGUGGUUUUCAAUCUGUGCAGCCCAAUAAACCAUUGAAGAUGAUACCCAAUGUGCAUCAGGCCAAUUUGAACUCUCUGCAGCUACAUGCUAGUGGAUAUUUACCCCCUGCCACACUCUCCUCUGCCCCAGUGGUGAGAUGCAAUCCAAAAUCAGUGCUUAAGAGGAAUGUAACAUGUGAGGAGCUACUGUCCCCUGGUGCACCUUUCAUCAAGAGAGUGUUGACGGUGAUGGGAGAUGCAGUGGGCUGGGGCUUUGUGAUCAGAGGUGUGGCUCCAGUUUACGUGCAGGCAGUCGAUCCUGGAAGCCCUGCUGCUGCUGCAGGGGUUAAGGUGCGUCAGUUUGUGUGCCAGGUGAAUGGGCGGAGCGUUCUUCACCUGGAUUACCGCCAGGUCACCAGGUUGGUGAUGACCGGACCUCACACUGUUGUGUUGGAGGUCAUGGAACCACUGGGGUGACUUGGAGUCCCUUCAAAAUCUUCCAAAAUCAACCUCCAAAAUCUCCUGAACUAACUCCACUAUUGUGUGCUGUGUGCCAAAUGGGAAAGUUGUGGUAUCUUUGGCUGCAUUUAGACAGGCAGCCCAAUGAUGAUCUUAUCCACUAAUUGGUCUUUUGACCAGUAAAAUCAGAUCUUUUCACAUCAGAGUUUUUCCAGCGCAGAUCUAAUUCGUCAACUGAUCAAUUACUUAAAAAGAUUAGAAUUAGGAUGCCUGUCUAAACCCAACCCUUGUAGCCUACAAAAAGAUCUGUAAACUACUUCCAAUUUCUUAGGAGUCUUGAAAUAAAAAUUAUCCCAGUG